AAAACCUAAAUCCCUAAACUCUCUGCUCACUUCUCUGUCUCUAUACUUUUCACUCUCAGCAAUACAGCAAAUUGGCAAUCGGCAAGGCGGAUGGCUGCAAUGGUGGAGCGAUUUUGUGGCUUCUCUCCCAGCAUCUACCUCCGGUAGCUAGGGGUGACGCCGUCCACAUGUAUGCAGAAAGAUGAGAAGGUAUGCAAAUGGAGUUCCCGACACUGUUAUAUAUUUUCUACUGCAGAAGGCUAGGUCUUAUUGAGGAGAGGUUGGAGAAGAACACUGAAAGCAGAAGAGUUAUAUUUUUGCCCUUGCCUAUGCAUUUCUGAAGCUGACUGAUCACUGGCAGAGCUUCUAUUCUUGUAUAAAAAUCCUUGACUACGACUCAAAAUAAAAACAGGAAAAAUAAACUUAUAGCCUUUGAACCCCCAAAUAGCCAAUCUGCCAUCACCUCAAAAUGCAAGCUGUUAUAUCUAUUUCAACUAAAAUUUUGAAAAACCGGUUCGAACCCAUCGGAGCCCUCCCCCUGAUGCACACCGUUAUAUACACUUCUGAAAGGCUCAUGUCCCAGUCCACCUCUAUUCCCAAGAAGCAGCAGCGGGUGCGAGACCAUGGCUUUGACAACUACAUGGAGGUGGAAAAGAAAAUGCGCAAAGUCCUAAAAUUCCAGGAGCUCAUCCUCACUCAGCCAAGCUCUAUGAUCUCGGUUUCUCGCUUGGACAUGCUCUCACGCAGGCUUGGUUUCAAACAGUUUGAAGCAGGCCAUUUCAUCCUCAAAUUCCCCCAUGUUUUUGAGAUAUUUGAACACCCGGUUCAGAGAAUCCUGUAUUGCAGGUUUACCCGGAAAGCUCACAUGCAAAUUGAUCAAGAAAAUCAAGCCCUUUUAGCUCAAAUCCCUGACGCUGUGACCCGGCUAAGGAAGCUCCUGAUGCUGUCAAAUACAGGUCGACUCCGACUGGAACAUGUUCGGAUUGCAAGGAAGGAGUUUGGCCUGCCAGAUGAUUUUGAGUACUCAGUAAUUCUCAAGUACCCUCAGUAUUUUAGAUUGUUUGAUGCAGAAGAGACUAGAAACAAGUACAUUGAGAUUGUAGAGAAAGACCCAAGGUUAGCUGUGUGUGCUAUUGAGAAUGCAAGGGAGAGAGAGUAUAGAGAAAAGGGCGGGGAAGCUGAGAAUAUCCGGUUUUCGUUUAUUGUGAAUUUCCCUCCUGGUUUCAAGAUUGGGAAGUACUAUAGGAUUGCGGUUUGGAAAUGGCAAAGAUUGCCUUAUUGGUCUCCAUAUGAGGAUAUCUCUGGGUAUGAUUUGAGGUCACUUGAAGCACAGAAAAGAAUGGAGAAGAGGGCUGUUGCCACCAUUCAUGAGUUGUUGACGUUGACUGUUGAAAAGAAGAUAACUUUAGAGAGGAUUGCACAUUUUAGGUUGACUAUGAAUUUGCCAAAGAAGCUCAAAGACUUUCUCCUGCAGCACCAGGGGAUAUUUUACAUUUCAACUCGGGGAAAUCAUGGGAAACUCCAUACAGUUUUCCUCAGAGAGGCUUAUAAGAAAGGAGAGCUGGUUGAGCCAAACGAUUUGUAUUUGGCUAGAAGAAAGUUGGCUGAACUUGUAUUAUUGAGUCCGAGAAAAGCCAAGGUAGAUAAAGAAUUGGUUAGUUAUAGGAGAGAUAGAGAAGACGACGAUGAAGCAGCUCAUGUUAGAAGAAAGUAUGUCAAGAAUGAAACUGAUCAUGUAAUAACUCAAGGAAUUGCUUCGCGUAAUGGGGAUAGCGAAGAGGAUUUGGUUUCUGAUUUAGAUUGUGAUGUUGGAUCCGAUUGCACAGACGAGGAUAGUGAUGAUGAUGAGGGCGUGGAUUUCGAUGCAGACAAUGCACAAAGGAGUAACUGAGGGAAAAUAGAGUAACUGACACUUCUUCUUACACAGGAAAUGGAGUUUAGGUUACAUACAUUGUAUGAAAAAGUUGUGGCAUUGCAGGGCAACUCCAGCCAAGUUGGUCGGGCUGUUGGCUUGAUAACUACAAGGUUCUAAGUUUGACUCAUAGUGGAAACGGUUUAUUGGCCUCCCUGGUUUGAGCCAGUUAACUAUGAGAAAUCUAAGCUGGUUUAUCUCCUUAUGGUCUUUUGUCGAGGGCGGGGUUUACCAAUUGCAUACUCCCGGGUAGUGACUGUAUGUUUUUUUCGUCAUCCAAAAAGAAAGUUAUGACACUGCAUGUUGUACUACUCGAAGUCUGGAACCAAGUUUCUAAGUUCGUUUCAAAAACGAACGACAGUCAGGCCAUGUUUAAGCAACUCAAGUUCCUCUCUCAACUCAGAUUCUUCAGAGCCUCGGUCAAGCGAUGUUUAAGCGACUCAAGUUCCUCUCUUAACACUAUUGGGCUGGUUUUUUUCAUGAUUAGUAUAAGAUUACUUGGUGAUGAUUGUAUAUAGUAAUAUAGAGCCUCCUUAUCUGAUUCAGUUGAAAUAAUAGCAGAUGAAUAGAAACAUCUACAUAUCAUUCAUUGAUCCAGUCUGUAGGAUCUUGGGUCUAACUUGGUAGUACCAAAAAUAUAAACAUCUUUUUAGACAUUAGAUUGGAGUUGAAAUGGCAUUCUCGUUCUUCAUUGGAUGUAUCAAAAAAUUGUUUGUAUCCUUGAAAUAUUUUAUUACAACCUAUGCAGUAUUAACAGAAGAUUUAUUAA